CUCGACUCGUCAGUGCGGCCUGAACGGUUAACCGGCCUACUUCUCUUUCGCACGCUCUUGCCUCGAGACUCCUCUGGUUUCUCUCGCGAUUUGCGUCGUCGCCGUCGCCGUCUUAGUCAUCGUCGUCGUCGUCGUCGUUGUCGUCGUCAACGCCUGGACACAUCCUCGUCGGCUCGGUUCAACCCCUGAGGCCAGAGGGAGCGAAGCUGCUGGGAGUGGAAGACGGAGACGGAGAGUGACAGCCGUUGAACGGCACGGCACGGCACGCCACGGAAGCUGGAAAGAGGCAAAGGCCAGAGUCAGGGUCGUGGCAACCCGAGCGAGCAGACCGACAGCCGGACCAGCAGCGGCUGCAGAGGGUCUCCACCUAUCCGUCCGGCUGAACCGAGUCCACCUACGCUCGACCCUCGACGCUCGACGCUGGACACCGGACACUGGAGCAGCUGGCGACGGUGCUCCGACCACCUCGGAAAUCCCCGAGCGAUGAUCCGUGAACUGGGAAUGUAGACGGAAGGGCGGGAAAGCGGAUCUGCCCCUCGCAGCAUCGAAGGAAGGGCCUUUCCUCCACCUCCGUCAUCAUCUUCGCCGAUAUCUCACCCUCGAACAUCUUUAACCACCGCAUCGACUUGGACACCGCGAGGACACGAUGCCAAGAAACCGAAGUUCCUUGACGAAACUGGAGGCCCUGAUGGUGCUGGUGUUAACGGUGCUGGUCCACCUGGACGCGUGCUGGUGCUCGUCGUCCCACAAGAGCAGACACCACGCGGACAUGUCGCACGAGGACGCGAAGGAUUUCAGAACGAGCGAGGAGCUGCCAAGACCGGCCGCCCUCCAUUCGAACGACGAUCCGCUGGUGGUUCAGACCAGGAAGGGCAAGGUCAGGGGUAAGACCAUGACUGCCACCACGGGGAAGGAGGUCGACGCCUGGUUCGGGAUCCCUUACGCGCAGAAACCUGUCGGGCAGCUUCGUUUCCGGCAUCCACGGCCGGCUGAACGCUGGCCGGGCAUCCUGAACGCGACCACGCUGCCGAACAGCUGCGUGCAGAUCCUGGACACCGUGUUCGGCGACUUCGCGGGCGCGACCAUGUGGAAUCCGAACACGCCGCGCGACGAGGAUUGCCUUUACGUGAACGUGGUCGCGCCGCAUCCUAGGCCUACCAAUGCCGCUGUUAUGGUAUGGAUAUUCGGUGGUGGCUUUUACUCCGGAUCGGCGACCCUCGACGUUUACGAUCACAAAACCCUGGUGUCGGAGGAGAACGUGAUUCUGGUCUCGAUGCAAUAUCGAGUCGCCAGCCUGGGUUUCCUCUACUUCGGAACGUCGGACGUACCUGGGAACGCCGGUCUGUUCGAUCAGAUGAUGGCCCUUCAGUGGGUCCGCGACAAUAUCGCUGCGUUCGGCGGAAAUCCUGACAACGUGACCCUGUUCGGAGAGAGCGCGGGCGCCGUUUCCGUUUCUAUGCACCUACUCUCGCCUCUGUCAAGGCACCUGUUCAGCCAGGCGAUCAUGCAGUCCGGCUCGCCGACGGCCCCCUGGGCCAUCAUCUCGCGCGAGGAGUCGAUAGUCCGAGGGAUCCGACUGGCGGAAGCGGUCGGCUGCCCCCACGAUCGUAACAACCUGCAGGAGGUGAUCGAUUGCCUGCUGACCAAGGACCCCCUGGACCUCGUGGGCAACGAGUGGGGCACCCUCGGCAUCUGCGAGUUCCCGUUCGUCCCGGUGAUCGACGGCGCGUUCCUCGACGAGACGCCGCAACGGUCCCUCGCGACCUCCUCCUUCAAGAAAGCGAACAUCAUGAUGGGCUCGAACAGCGAGGAGGGAUUCUACUUCAUCAUCUACUAUCUGACCGAGCUGUUCCGCAUCGACGGCGCCGAGGACGUCAAGGUGUCCAGGGAACAGUUCGUCAGCGCGAUCUCCGAGCUGAACCCGUACGUCAGCCCGCUCGGCAGGCAGGCCAUCAUCUACGAGUACACGGACUGGCUCCAUCCCGACGAUCCUCACGCGAACAGGAACGCCCUCGACAAGAUCGUCGGCGACUACCAGUUCACCUGCAACGUCAACGAGUUCGCCGAACGGUACGCGGAGACCGGGAACACCGUCUACAUGUACUACUACAAGCACAGAUCCGCGAACAAUCCGUGGCCCAGGUGGACGGGCGUGAUGCACGCGGACGAGAUCAGCUACAUCUUCGGGGAGCCGUUGGACCAGUCGAAGGGCUACACGCGGCAGGAGGUCACCUUGUCCAAGAGGAUGAUGCGAUACUGGACGAACUUCGCGAAAACUGGGGACCCGAACAUGGGCGAAGAUACAUCGCUAUGGGGCAUCCAGUGGCCGGUGCACACUGCCGCGAGUAAAGAGUACCUCACUCUGGACACGGACAGCUCCACGAUCGGCAACGGGCUCCGAGUGAAGCAGUGCACGUUCUGGAAAAAGUAUCUCCCUCAUCUUCUCACAGCUACAUCGAAACUGGACCGCGCCUCGAAGGAGACGUGCAGCGGCACGAGCGUGAACGGCGGCGGCCGACUGCUGCUUGUGGUGAGUCUUCUGGUUCUGGGCGGGCUGCUCAACCAGAGGAUCGGCGUGCUUCCGCUCUUCGACGCCAGAGGCUUCGUCUAGCUCCUGCGUCCGGUGGUCCGGACCGUCCUCGAUCGUUGAGGGAGCCAAGGUUUUUCGGCUGGAACGCGAGACGAAGCAGCCCGGAUCGGGGGACGCGCGCGGAACGGACGAGGACGCGAGAGCACGGACAAAAAAGCCAAAAAGAACGGCGGAGAAAGAAAGAGAGAGAGAGAGCAAGAGAGAAAGAGUGUAUGCGUGGUGUGUGCGUGUGCGUGCGCGUGUGUGUGUGUGUGAAAGAGAGGAAGCGAGGGAACGAAGAAGCGAGAAGAGAAGAGAGGGUGCUGUAGGAACGAACGACCGACGAGGGUCUUCGGGAACACGGUGGCAACGGGUCCACGAGAACGUUGUCGCCGCCAUCGACACACGCGAGGAGACACCGAGAACCACGGGGAAGCAACAAACGAACGGAACAAAUGAACAAAACAAACAAAAACAGACAUAUCAACGCGCUCGGGAAACGGGCGCGCUCGAUCGGUCGCGCGGUCGACGGUCUCCGCUUACCGGUGCUGAGAGAGAAAAAGCGAGCGAGAGAGAGAGAGAGAGAGAGAGAGAGAGAGAGAUUCCGCUCGCGGACCGACGCGACGGAUUCACGGCAAAGAUCCGCGGUGUCGAGCGGAAACGCGCGCUAGAAACUCUGCGCUAGCUACCUAACCCGGCCGGGAGACUCGAGGAUCUCCUUGGACCCUAGCGUCGCCAAGUGCUGGCUCACUUUUCUUUGUCUCCCUUGUUUUUCUAUUCCCUUUCGUUUCUAUUCUACAAGUUCUUCUUCCGCCCCGUUCCGAAAAACAGCUCCGAGAGUGCGACGCGACGCGAUGUAACGCGACGCGACGCGGCUCCGAUCGACGGGCCCCCGACCCUGCAACUGGAUCCUGGAUCCUCGUGCGUGACGACGAUCGGUGCAACCUGGUGACCGAGUACACGCGAACGUUCGAAAGCCCCCGGUUAGAUCGGCGGUAGUGGUUCCAUCGGUAAACGAGCGACCUGGUAAGUAGACCGCGGACGUUUCGGCGAAUUUUUAUCCUGUUUCGCUGUCCAGGCCGUCUCUUUACAGUCUAGUCCUCUGCGUUUCGAGCAUUCGAGCCUCUGACAGCAGAGAUGGGCGAUUAUUUUGACCAGCCCCAGGAUUAGCCCCUUGCACUGCGACUGCUUUCGUAGCUACGUUGAUAUUAACACAUGCUUGUCAUUAAUAAAUUCUUACGUGGGACAGAUCAUUUAGAUUCAAUGCCUUACACCGACAACCUUUGCUUUCAACGAUCGAACGGGCGGACCUCGCCGACAAAACUAUAACCGACCGUGCUUAAAAGGUCGUUCGCAAUUUUAUUCAUUUAUCUUUCUUGACAUAUCUUUUAACGCGCCCCAUCUAGAUGCGUUAGUUCUUCCAUAGACUUUAAUCAAACUUGGGAAAGUUUAAAUUAACUGUCAGAAACUUGACGUUCAAAUGGCAAUUUCUGUCCAAGCGCUAUUUGAAAUAUUCACCAUGGAAGGAUAGAAUUUUAUCUCGGUUAUUCUCUGUUGUUCUCGCGAAUAACAUUCGUACUUGGUAGAUCCCGAUAGCAACGGGUUAGUAUGCUUUUCUUUUUGUAAAACGACCAUUCCAAGAACCGCCAGUAUCGUCGCUAUUUCGCUAGAGAACCGCACAGAUUUUUGUUAGAGGUGCUCGCUGUCUUCUGACCCGCCGCAGAUCACGAUUUUGUUCGGAGAGUUAUUAAAAGCAACGCAUUUAAUUUCGAUGCUUGGUAGGUUCAACGUUAAACACUGACGAGACCGUUGUGUCUCAGGGCUCAGACAGUGAACAGUGUUAAGCGUACCGAUAAAUGCACUAGACAAAAUUGAAACGACGGCGUACAGCUGCGAAAUUUUUUACUGGAAUGUCGCCGAGCUUCGGGCGAAUCGUCCUUCGGACGUUCUUUUUAUGAAAACGCGUGUAACGUGAGGCUAAUGCAUGUUGGUGCACUUGAGAAAUGCACUCGUUUCCCGUUACAUUGACGAAUAUUCGGAAAAUUGUUCGACUGUAUCGGAGGAGGUUUCGGAUGUUGAUCGAGUUUAACCGGUGCCCAACUCUGCUCGCUAGGCACGGUGAUACAAGAGUUACUAGAUCUGGAUCAGACAGUGUCCUCUACUGCCUAAUCAACAGUGUCCCGAAUCUGAUCGUCAGAAAAGGAUCGCUCCGGGUCCAGCGAUCGCGAAAAUUGUCACGAAGUUAUUAUACUUGUUCCAGCGAUAGCCGAAAGUUCCUCUGAUCGAUGUCGGCUCGAGAACACGGUCUUCCUGGUUAAGAAGCUUGACAGUUCCUAACUCGUUGGGUACGCGAUUCCUUUUAGGAAAAUUGCGAUCGUACCGCGGAAUUUCAUUUCACGCGCAAAUUUAUUGGUCACUCCGAACCGAUUCCGUUGCUAAAAAUUCCAUUGCUAUUGAAUCUGGGAUUUGAUAAUUUCGGAAAUUCUAGAGACUAAUCACCAGACCGCGGAUUUUAUGCAUUUAUAACAAGAAUGAACAGAUCAAAUGCAAAAUAGCAAGAACAUUUGUACAAUUUUGUUUUAGUGUCAAACUUAUUAGAACGAUUAAGAAGAGAAAUAAAUGUCCGUGCAGUUUUUGCAUAUCGUAAUUAACGAAGACAAUUUUUACUUUGCAGAAAAAUUCACAGUCUCUACUGGUUACUUAUUUCACUUCAGUGCCAGCUAUAAAAGAAAUCGGAUUCAAAAUUGCUAGAUUCUUCGAAGUCCGUUGAACGGGAAAAAACAAAGGACGCAACGAUUCAUCGACGAUAUAAAAUGCUGAAAAUAUUUUCUCGGCGGAUAUUUUCUCAAUCGUAGCUUCUUCCACAAAUUGGUUCACGAGUUUUCCUGUUAAAGUUAACCGAGCAUCCGAAAAAUUAUAGUCGCCGGUCUAAGAGGAGCCGUCGUCGCUUCGUAAUUUCUCUUAUCUGCCGCCGCCACGGCAUUUCCAACGGCAUGCCCAUGUGGAAACCAUAAUCUCCGAAUCUUAUCGCGAUUUUUACAGCUCCCUCCCGCCUCCGCGUCCUCCCCCACGCCCCCACGAAAUCGAAUUUCGACGCGUGGUCGCUGCCGAUAGCCGGGCACGGAUUAAAUUUAAUCGGAGCUUAAUUCUUCUCACGUACAGGAUAUUUUUAUUCGGUUGAAGGAAAAAUUGUUGAUUCGACGAGCGGCCGAAUCGCCCGUUGUUUUUGCCGGAUUCAAUAUUUUUCGGGCAAAUAGAAAAGUGCCGUCGCUCCGCGUUCUCUCUCCGUGCAGAAACGAAAAGGGCGAGCAACGUGUUACGAGCAAUCCACGCAAUAUUAGCGGAUUAUUCGAGCAAAUAGUGGAUUACUUAUCCGAGGGGCUUGAACCUCUAAUCAGAAUCGAAUUAAAGCUUCCCCGACCUCGAGUACGUUUGCUAUUCCGACCGCCUGCCGCGUACGCUAUAGCUCGCGAUCGUUCGAAUAACAUCGUGCGCGCUCGAGGCUCGAGACGCGAGCCGUUCGUUCAAUUUGCUUGAUUAAAAUCUUGUCUCUUGCACGCUGGUGGCUUUCGCACGCGAUUUUCACGGGCUUCGUACGCGUCGAAAAUCCUGCAAAAUUCACUGAAACGCUUCAUGCCGCGUAGUUCGCGACGGUAAAAUUCAAUUCGACGUCGAAGACAACUGCGAUCGGUUACGUUCGUCGACUACGCGAGACAUUCUUCCGACGGUUUCCGACGGCGGAUGAUCCGCUCGGGUGCAAUUUCGCCGCAAACCCUUCGUUUCUUAAAUAAAGUAAACGUUCGCGAACGUCGCGAUACCUCUCUUUAACGCAAGAUUUACGGGACGAAACGGCGAGUUUCUAUACCCGUCUCAAUUCAUGCUUAGCGAGUUUGGAAACACGCAUUCGUAGAGAAUUAGUUCGACAAACUUGUUUCCUCGAGCGUACGUUGUGAUAACAAUCGCUAAAAAUCUAAAUAAAUAUAUUUCCGUUGUUUCUAA